AUGCGUGCCUCAUCUCUUGCUUUGGCCACUUCUCUCUCCUUGGGUAGCGUCAACGCUGCUCUGAGCGUUGUUCCUGGAGCAACUUGGACAGCUACAAACACUGGAGAACAUGUCCAGGCGCACGGAGCCGGCAUCAUUGAGGAGAAUGGUGUCUACUACAUGAUCGGGGAGGAAAAAACCGACGGCGCAUUGUUCCAAGCAGUCAACUGCUACUCGUCGACCAACUUAGUCGAAUGGAGCUUUGAAGGACGCCUUCUUACCCGCACCGAGGAAGCCGGUGAUCUUGGCCCCAAUCGUAUCAUCGAACGGCCCAAGGUCACCAAGAAUGAUGCCACCGGCAAAUAUGUCCUCCAUCUCCACGUCGACUCUCAAGACUAUAAGGAUGCACGUGUCGGCGUAGCAACAGGCGACACUGUCUGCGGAGAGUACGAGUACAUCCGAAGCUUCCGCCCCUUUGAUUUUCAAAGCCGGGACAUUGGUAUCUUCAAGGACGAUGAUGGUGCUGGUUAUCUACUGAGUGAGGAUCGCGAGUACGGAACCCGUAUCAUCAAACUUACGGAUGAUUAUCUCGAUGUUGAUGUGGUAACUUUCGGCUGGGAGUACUUUGCCGAGUCGCCCGCCCUUAUCAAGCGCGAUGGCACAUAUUUCAUCUUUGGCUCGCACCUCACAGGCUGGAACCCUAAUGAUAACGUUUACAGCUACGCCACAUCUCUUUCGGGCCCCUGGUCUAAUUGGACUGAAUUUGCACCCGUCGGUUCCAAGACCUACAGCAGUCAAGUCAGCUUCGUUCUUCCAUUGGGCACCGACAAGGCUGUCUACAUGGGCGACAGAUGGCAUUCGACGAAUCUUGCCGCAAGUACUUACAUCUGGCUUCCUCUACAGAUUGAGGGCACCAUCGUGACGCUUGACUGGCAUGACUCCUGGAACGUGGAUGUCAAGGCUGGUAGCUGGUCUGAAUCAACGGUCACGACCGAAAUUGAAGGCGAAACAGCUGACCUAUCCAACGGUGCUCGCAUUGUCGACUGCUCUCAGUGCAGCGGAUCCUCCGCCGCAGGAUAUCUGGGCGGUGAUAUUGAUGGUCGCGCCACGUUCAUCUUUAGCGUUGCUCAGGCUGAUCGUUUCACGCUGAUUGUCAACCAUAAGAAUGGUGACACCGCCUCCCGUCAUGCUGCGGUCUCAGUCAACGGUGCGGAGCAGUCUGUGGCUUUUCUAUCCACCUCUCAUCUCUCUACCACUGGUAGCAGUGCUGUUCAUGUCGAUCUGAAACAGGGCGAGAACAACGUUACCUUCUCGAGAUCGAAAGGCUGGGGUCCAGAUGUUGACCAGCUCGUUGUUCCUAGUGCUUGA